UCCAGGAAGCUGCUGGUGCUUGAGGAAGUAGGCAGGGAGGCUCACCUGUGAUGCCUAGAAAGGGGCAUCACGCAUCAUCUGCUUCAGAGGGGCCUCGGCCCUCCACCUCCCCAGCCUGCUCCCUUGCGUGCACUGUGGAGGAGUUUUUGAGCAGACUGCGUUUAUAGACAUCUCAGUGGCCACCCUGCCAGACCCUGUCUGCUCUGCAGACACCGCAGUCCCCGUACGGGACUCUGCUCCAGCAGCUGUGUCUGGGUUGCUGCGCAGGAUGCCAGCAUUUCAGCAGCCGUGUCCGUGAGGACAGUCGGUGAUCCUCUCGCCCCUGCCUGUGUGCCCCUCUUCACGGCAGGCUGCAAACUUUGCUGCUUCAUCAUCGGCUUAUCCAUCUGAAGCGCUCGCCUUGGCUGGGAACGGCUCCCUGACUUGUCGGCAGGGCUACAGGUCCUCUGCUCCUAAGAGAGAGCGGUCUCACAGCAAUCAGAACAGUGACAAUAGAGCAGCAUCUGGAGCUGAAUGGAUGCCUUAAUAGUCUGGUGAUGCAGCUAGCAUCGCGGCCGAGGAGGCUAAGGAAGAAGGCUUAUAAUUGCUGUGGGUAAAUCCCUGAGCCUCCGGAAUCAGCGGCCCGGAGCAGCAGCCCUGAGAAGCUUAGAAUCCCACCAGGAGAGAAUUGACCGCAUUUCAGAAAGAACACGGAGGACAGCCCCAUGUGACCUGAAGAUGGAGUAGUAACCAAGGCAUGCCCCGUGAUUCUGAGCACCUUUCCCGGAGGACUCCAGUCCUAGCCAGAGGCUGCACGUGGAGCUGAUCCCCUGCUUUCCUGAGAACCCCUUUCUCUACUGAUUCAUGAGCCAGCAGGAUGCGGUCGCUGCGCUUUCAGAACGCCUGCUCAUAGCUGCAUACAAAGGCCAAGCGGAGAAUGUGGUUCAGCUCAUCAACAAGGGUGCCAAGGUAGCGGUUACCAAGCAUGGCCGGACCCCCUUGCACCUUGCUGCCAAUAAGGGCCAUCUCUCUGUGGUCCAGAUUCUGCUGAAGGCUGGCUGUGACCUCGACCUGCAGGAUGAUGGGGACCAGACAGCCUUGCACCGGGCCGCUGUGGUGGGAAACGUUGAGAUCAUCACAACGCUUAUCCGGGAGGGAUGUGCCCUGGACAGACAGGACAAGGAUGGAAACACAGCCCUCCAUGAAACCGCCUGGCAUGGGUUCAGCCAGUCAGCCAAGCUGCUUGUUAAAGCGGGAGCCAACGUGCUUGCCAGGAACAAGGCAGGGAACACGGCUCUGCACCUGGCCUGCCAGAACAGCCGUUCCCAGAGCACACGCGUCCUCCUGCUGGGCGGCUCCCGGGCUGACCUCAAAAAUAACGCAGGAGACACCUGUUUGCACGUGGCUGCGCGGUACAAUCACUUGUCCAUCGUUAAACUCCUUCUCAGUGCUUUCUGCUCUGUUCAUGAGAAGAACCAGGCUGGAGACACAGCCCUCCAUGUGGCUGCUGCCCUAAAUCACAAGAAGGUGGUUAAAAUCCUGCUGGAAGCUGGCGCUGACACGACCAUUGUAAACAAUGCAGGCCAGACCCCGCUGGAGACUGCCCGCCACCACAAUAAUCCUGAAGUUGCUCUGUUGCUCACCAAGGCUCCCCAGAUCUUGCGCUUUAGUCGUGGGCGAAGCCUGAGGAAAAGGAGAGAGAGGCUCAAGGAAGAGAGGAGGGCCCAGUCUGUGCCCCGAGAUGAGGUGGCACAGAGCAAGGGAAGUGUCUCAGCAGGAGACACCCCCAGCAGUGAGCAAGCUGUCCCCCAAAAAGAGGAAGCUAAAAGAGAUUGCCCAUCUGCUUCCCAGGAGCCCAGAAAGGAGGAAAGGAGGAGAAAGUCAAGGCCGGAGGUGUCAGCACUAUCUGACCCCACCCCAGCAGCAGACCAACAGCCUGGACACCAAAGGAACCUGCACAGUCAUCACCACCCCAAAAAGAAGAGCAGACAUCGAUGCUGGUCCCCACCUCCGCCCCAUGGAUUCAGAGCGUACCAGCUCUACACACUGUACCGGGGCGCAGAUGGAAAGGUCAUGCAGGCUCCGAUAAAGGGUUGUCGCUGUGAACCUCUCAUCAACAAGCUGGAGAACCAGCUGGAGGCGGCUGUGGAGGAGCUCAAAGCCGAGCUGGGAUCGGUGCAGGAUAAAGUGAACGCAAAGCUGGGACAGAUGGAGAGCAAGACCCAGCACCAAAUGUGUGUUUUGGACAAACUGAUGGUGGAGCGACUGUCGGCAGAGAGAACAGAAUGCCUGAAUCGCCUGCAGCAGCACACAACUGCUGAGAAGCAGGAGGGGGAGAAGCGGCAGAUGUCCUUGGUGGACGAAUUAAAAGCCUGGUGCAUGUUGAAGAUCCAGAAUCUGGAGCUGAAGCUGUCUGGAGAGUCUCGAACCUGUAGAGCUAAAUCCACACCAUCUCCUAGUGACUCCUCUGCAGAUCAACCAGUGGUAGCUGCAGGGCCAUUGGCAGCUUCCAACAGCUCCUCUCAGGUUGUGAGGCCCAAGGAGAAGGCACACAGUGCCACUGCUGCCCAGAGACAGCAGCAGGAACUGCUUCCCUCUGACGGCACAUGCUCCCGGUUGAGGAAGGUCAAGGCCCCGGCAGCCCCCUGCCCCUUGAAUGGGGCUCCCAAGUGUGAUCAGCAGACUGGGUCCUGUGUCAACAGAGGCACUCAAACCAAGAAGUCUGGCAGAAGUGGGCAGACCAAGCAUCGAGGCCAGCAGCCCACGGCCAGCAGUCCCUGUGGGCAGCAGUCCUCAGCAGCGGGCGGUGAUGUCCGAGAUGCCUCGCAAGCCCUGGAGCUAACCCAGUACUUUUUUGAGGCCGUUUCUACCCAGAUGGAAAAAUGGUAUGAACGGAAAAUAGAAGAAGCACGAAACCAAGCCAGUCAGAAAGCCCAACAAGACGAGGCCACCCUGAAGGAGCACAUCAGAAGCCUGGAAGAGGAGCUUGCCAAGCUGCGGACAAAGGUGCAGAAGUAAAACCCAGACCCUGAGGGGGAAGCAACGGGACUUCUGGCUUGGUAACAGGGAAGUAACUGUGUCCCGGGAGCGAGGGAUUGUGAACAAGGUGGAAUUGCCCCUUGGAGUCACCAAUCCGCUGUGGACACCUGCUUCUGUGCUCUCAAGUUACACCCAAGCCUGGGAAGCUUGAGGAGUUGCAGGUCUCACUCCUAAUUCUAAACCUUAGGCCAGGUUUAUAAAAGCAAACCACCCCAAGAAGAGAAGGUGUGUGCCUAAGUCUGAUUCAGUGACAUGGAAUGUGUUAGGGGCAAAGAUUACUCUCUGGGAACUCUACAAGUAGUCAUUAGUAUCCACGUCAACACACCUGCUGUGCCUAGCCGGUCCCAGCAGCCGGGACUCAGAUGCAGGAAGCUUCUUUCUCCCCUGUAAUUCUCAAAAUGCUCAUCUCUUAACUGGGUAAAAAUCUUUCAGAUUUUGAGGGGAAAUACAUUUUAAUGAUCUCAGUGUCCAGUAUGUCUUAAAAUAAUUUUAAAGGUCGUGUAAAUAAGGAGUAAUUGCUGACUAAAAAUGUUUGUCAGAUGAGAAAAGUUUAAACCAUUGGUCAGAUACUGUGUUUUUAGUCAAAAUAAUUGCGACUGUUAGGAAAACAUUCAUGAAACAACUCCAGCCAGUUACUUAGACUUCCUUUCUGAAUACAAGACUUUUGUUCUGUAUUUUGUAAACAAAGCAAUUUCACGGAAGUUUAAUUUCUAAUUGACUUCUCUCACUGAAGAAGAUCAAGGUAAAAAAUUGACUAACUCGACUUCAGAAGGCUUUUCUUGUUUACUGAAUGAAAUGUACCAGAGACUGAGGAGGUGAAGAUAUCUCGGUCGAGACCUUGGAUUUCUCUUGUAAUCUUUUGGAUCAUGGAUUAUAUCCUUCUCCACAUGCUCUACAUAUGCACAGAAAAUUCAGUUGUUUCUUUAAGCCUAAAAUCUAAAAACUACUGACCAUGAAUCGUGACUAAAAUGCUGUUUAUUGAGCCAAAGAGAAGUGAUAUUUCAGGAAUUGUGUAGUUAGCCCUUUGUCAAGCCAAGUUUUUGUUUUUCCUUCUAGUGACAAUCCAUGAAUACAGACAUUCCUGUAAACGUGACAGGGAUUGAGUACAGAGUCCAGUGAGUCCCAGUUCAUGUGAUGGACCUGUCUCUAUCCUCUGUGUCUUGGGAGGUGCAACCCUUUUCCCAACAAGAUGUCACUCACUCCUGAAGGGUCAUUCCUUAUUAUACACCAAACUAUUAGGAACUGCCUAAUACUAAAGAGAUGAAACCCUGAGCUCAGAGAGUUAUGCUCCAAGCAGGAGUUAUUUUCACUAUUAGACUACUUCUUACCUCAAGACAUCCCUGUUGAGAACUGCAAACAACUGUAAUUGGUCUCUACCAGAGUAUCUUGGUGGCUGUACUUUGAUGAUAUACCUCCUACCCGUCAGAAGCAGGCAGCUUAUCACUGUGAACUGGAUAUUUUGUCAAGUCAUUAAGCAUAGAGACCAGGCUACUGAAUAAGGGCAGUCAGCCCCUUACCACAGUGGUGGGUGUUUGUUGUUGGUUGACUCUGUACCCCUAGACUGGCUUUGAACUCAUGAUCUUCCUGUGGCGGCCUCCUGAGGUCUGGGGUUAAAGGAGUGAGCCCCAUAGCCAAUCAUGUUCUGUCUGUAGCACCAGGGUUAGGUCUGUCGCCAUUGUUUCUUAGCUUUGUGCAGCAUUGUCCCCUGUGCCAUGUGCUACAAGAAGCAAGUACCCCAGCCGUACCUUGACAAAUCACUGUUUAUACCAUGUAUUCUCAUGUAGCUCAUGCUUCAAACAGAGGCCUAAAGUGUCAACAGCUGUGGAAAAAGUCAUAAAACAGUAAAGUUGUACAUUACUCAUGUCUUUUUUAAAAAACGAGUUAGCACAUCCAGUAUAUUGUACACUAAAUAUCUGUGAUAGAUGUGUUAGCCCUCGCAUUGUUUUUGACUUGGGGAGUCCAAAACAGGCUUUUCACAUGUCUUCUUUAAAAUUUUAUUUUUGGUGAAAGGCAUGUUGUCUAAUGUUUUUCUCACCUUGAACUUGUGUUUCCUGCAAGCAUUAAACAUUGUUUUCAGUUCUGUUGGUUCUCUA